AGUUACUUUUUCGAGUCAGACAUAUUUCAAAUAGAAAUCGUAUAUUUUGUUGGCCCUCGUGGACAAGUAAUUUAAAAUAAUAUUUUAAUACGUUUCAACUUCCUAAAUAGUAAAAAAAAAACUUUCUACUUCACUGUCAGGCCAUGUUUAAAGCACUAGUUAUAUUUUUAUUUUUGCUAUGGGAGGCGAGAGGAGAAACAAAUAAUGACCUGGAUUCUCGCGUGAUUGGUGGGGAGGACGCAGCUGAAGGCUCUGCACCCUUUAUAGUAUCGCUCAGACGUUUUAGACGCGGCCAGGGACGCGUGCAUGUCUGUGGUGGCUCCAUAUUAACUCAGAACUGGAUUUUAAGCGCUGGUCAUUGCACCUUCGGAGUCCCAACACACAAUAUCUUUGUAAGGGUUGGCACAAACAAACGCACUUCUGGUGGGAACUGGUACGGCGUACAUUCCAUCGUCAUUCACGAGAAUUUCAAUGCAAAUACAUUGAAGAAUGAUAUCUCACUUCUAAAGAUCUUUAGUUCUAUAGAGUUUGAUACUAACGUUCAACCAAUAAAGCUACCAACGAGUAAUAUAGACCCUGGAGUAAUGUGCAAACUUACGGGAUGGGGUAAGACUGAUUCACAGACAGCUCCUGAAAACCUUCAAGUGGUCUAUAAUUUAACUACAAUAUCUGUGGAAGAGUGCAAUAACAGGCUUGAUAACGUAUCUGAGAAAUUUCUUCCAAUCAUUGACAAACAGCUUUGCACAUUAAAUAAGGAAGGAAUGGGCUCGUGUCAAGGAGACUCUGGUGGACCCCUCAUUAGUGAUGGUGUACAAGUUGGCAUCGUUUCUUGGGGUGUUCCUUGUGCUAAGGGAAGACCUGAUGUUUCAACAAGAGUAUACAGUUACGUGAAAUGGAUAAAUAAUUACAUUUCAAAUGAAUAGUUAUAGUUUUGUUGUGUAAAUAAAAAUUUACGUUAUAA